AUGGCCACAAAGAGGAUGUUCGGUCUCAUGAGGGCUCUUAGUCAAUCACGACGAGCCAUCCAGACAGCCAAGUUUUCGAGUAGUGCCAAAACAAGGACGCUCCAUGAUGGAGAUCUCAAAAGCGUGAGAUCGUUGUUCGAGCUGAAGGACAAGAACUUCAUUGUGACGGGUGGAGGCCGAGGCAUCGGGUAUGCUAUCACGCGGGCCAUUGCGGAAAUGGGAGGGAACGUUGCGGUGCUUGACGUGCUCGACAGCCCCGUUAAAGACUUUGGAACACUGGAGCACGAUUUUGGUGUCAAAGCCAGGUAUUUGCGUGCUGACGUGACGGAUGAGAAAAGCCUCACCAAAGGCUUCGAACAAGCCAUAUCGGAACUCGGCUCGUUAGAUGGCUGUGUGACUGCAGCAGGCAUCGCAUUGGACAAGCCGUUUGUUGAGCAAUCGUGGAAAGAAGUUAGAAGGGUGCAAGACGUAAAUGUGACUGGCACAUUUUUCGCCGCCCAACUCGCCACCAAGCAAAUGCAACAACAAGGGACUGGUGGAAGUCUGGUUCUAGUGGCAUCGGUAUGUGCGCAUGUCGCCAUUCCAGGCCAUCGACUGUCAGCCUAUCAUGCCUCAAAAGGGGCGGUCAAGAUGCUCAGUACGGCACUCAGUGUGGAGCUGGCACCACAUGGCAUCAGAAGCAAUACCAUUUCACCCGGUUACAUCGAGACUGACAUGUCGAGAAGUCUGCGAGAGGAACAUCCACACCUGGUGGAACUGAUGCAUUCCACACCGCCGUUGAAGCGGAUAGGUAAUCGCAAUGAUCUGACAGGUACUGCUGUGUACCUCCUGAGUGAUGCCGCAUCUUACACAACGGGUACGGACAUCCUGGUGACUGGUGGUCUGCAUGCCGGCCGAAUCGAAGCUUGA